AUGGACUAUGGGUUGUCAGGAGGUUUUCGUGGGACAACCGACGCACAAGUGUUGAUCGAAAUUGGUGUGUCGCCAGAUCAACUCGUUGCCGCCACUCGUGUUGAAGUAGCCACGGGUCAAUGGAGUCUUUUGGGUAUCUCUCUCAUCAGCACUCUCCUCGCCAUUCCACCGACCAUCUAUCAGAGUCUAAUGGCCUACACGGCUUUCGCGGACAAUCCCACACUCGAAAGCGCUGUUUUCAAUUCAAUGAGCUCCUGGGUUUUCUCCUUUGCUGGUUACUAUCAACCGUACUGGUUACUGGCUGUCUCGAGUGAGUCAAGACGGGAAAUCUUUCGUUAUUUCCGUCGCUUCUUGGCCCAACACGUCACUCCGCAAAUAGCGACAAACUCAAAGAAUCUGAAUCCAAGAGUUGUCGUCGACUUUCAGUCAACGAUGAAAGUCAGAUGGCAAAAGUUGAGGUGUUUUUGUCGAAUUGUUCAAAAUGUAGGA